GCCAUGACAGGUCACGUGAUGUAAAUUUUUGUUGGGCAUGCGCGAUAUCGCUAGUUUUCGUGAUUUUAUAACGCACCUCGAGUACAAGAACUAAGUAUGUGACGUCACCCGUGCCCGAGUGUUUAGCAGCAUCUGUGAUCUAGUGUUAGUGCUAAAGUGACUAAAGUUGUGUAUUAGUGAUUGCAAUGAGUGGGUACCUGCUCUGGACACUUUUUUACGUUUUAAACGGGGAUUGUUUGACCGGAGAACGACUGUGUUAAACUAUGGCGCACUACCCCCAACUGGCCUCGUUGGAGGCCGCGCUGCCCCUCCUCAGCAGGCCAGACCUUCGCCUGCGGCAGCAGCUGGGCGAGCAGCUGACCGCACUCGUGCGCAAGGAGCCGGAGAUCUCGCACGAGCUGUGCGCCCAGCUGCUAGACUCGCUGGUGGCCUGGUUGAAUGGGGGCAACUUCAAGGUGGCCCAAAAUGGACUGGAAGUGCUAGCAGCACUGGCGGAGCGCAUGGGACCAGAGUUCUCACAUUACGUGCCAACUGUUCUGCCACACAUCAUCGACAGACUAGCAGAUACGAAAGAAUGCGUCCGCCAUAUGGCUCGAUUUUGCCUCGCGGCUUUGGGAGAGAGUAGGGCGGCUCCCCCCCGAGCUUUGCUGGCUCGGCUGACCCCCGCACUACAGCACAAAGCACCACACACGAGAGAAGAGGCAGUGCGGUGUAUACAAACCCUUUUGGACACACACGGCGCAACAGAGUUGCAGCUUCGUGCCGCAGUUCCCAAUUUGGCGGCGCUAGUCGGUGACCCCAAUAGUGCCGUCAGAGACGCGGCUAUGCAACUGUUGGUCGAUGUUUAUAGACACGUUGGUGAGCGACUAAGAUCGGACUUGAAGAAAAAAGAGUUGAUACCGGCUCAGAAGUUAACACUAUUGGAUCAAAAGUUUGACGAGGCUCGUGAAGCUGGCUUGUUGCUACCCACAGCAACGCAAGGUGCAGACGAACCGGAUUUCAUAUCGCGCAGCGCUAAACGCACAAUGACGAUACCUACUUCGGCGAGAUCCAGAGACGGAGACAGUUCUGGGGCUUCUACACCAGCGUGCGAAGCUCCUAAACGUACAGUCCCAGGGCUUUACAGUCUACCAUCAGCCAACAGGAAACCUCCUCCACCUGCAAAAUUGACGAGCGCCGGAAGUGUGUCGAGUGGUAUAGGCGGCCUCGGUAGCGGCGAAGCCGGCGCCGUUUCUUCGGAAGCUUUCGAAGCGGCAUUCGCCAGCGUGGCCCCAGCCGCUGUAUACGGGGCUCGAGGGCUCGACGAUCUGAUCCGACACGCGGCCGCUUUACUGGGGGACCGAGCCGCCGAUUGGGAGAAGAGAGUCGAUGCGCUCAAGAAGAUUCGAUCGCUUCUCACGGCCAAUGCACACGUACAGUUCCCUACAGAAUUCGCGGCGCACCUCAAGGAACUCGCAGUCCCAUUUCUAGUCGUUAUUAAAGACCUGAGAAGUCAGGUGGUCCGCGAAGCGUGCAUAACUAUAGCUCACAUGGCUAAAGUUCUCAAGACGAAGCUAGAACAGUUCAGCUUGUACAUACUGCAGGAGCUUAUCAACCUUAUACAGAACGCAGCAAAGGUCGUUUCCUCUGCUGGCACAAUAUGCGUACGGUACAUAGUACUGUACGUACAUUCUCCGAGGCUGGUGCCUGUGAUAGUCACAAACCUUACCACGAAUAAGUCUAAGGAGAUACGGUCUACAUUGAGUGAAGUGCUAGUUUUGUUACUGGAGAAAUGGUCUCCUCUAUCCGUAGAGAAGCAACAGCAAGUAGUCAGAGACGCCAUAAGGAGAGCCUGCGUUGACGCUGACAGUACGGCCAGGACUUAUGGCAGAAGAGCAUACUUCGCUUACAAACGGCAAUUUCCCGACGAUGCGGAGCAAUUGUUCGCCAGGCUGGACAUCGCUGCGCAGAAGCAGAUCGAAAGGGAAAGACAUGUGGGCAGCGUGGACAGUCUCACUCAUCUGGGGACGGAAAGACAAUCCAUCUCCAGUCCAAGAAGCCCGUCAGCCAGUGUAUCAGAUCGUUCGCCUAGCGGGUCUGGGGGCACAGCUAGAUCAGUGUCCGCCGUGGACGCGGCAGCCGCGCAGCGAGCCAGGGCCCGCGCCCUGUACUCUCACAUGAGCAGGGCCAAGAUGGCCGCCGGCACUGCGAGUCUGCCUCGUGCCAAACGUUCCCCCGGGAACGCGGCGGGAGUCCCCCCCAGCCCUGGCCCAGUGAGCCGUUCCAGAUCAAGACCUGGAGUUUCACAAUCGCAACCUACAUCGCGGUCCUCCUCGCCAUCAUCAAGAAGCAGCGGGCCAGCGUCGUUAGCGGCUCGAAGAAGGCCAUCAGGGAUCCCUAGAUCAUUAGCCGGGUCUAGAGAAACAAGCCCUACCAGAACCGGAAGAUCGAACAGUGUAGUCGGCUCAGCCAUAAGGCGACGAGAAUCUAUGGAAAGAACAGCACCAUCCAGAGCUCCAACUGCCACAUUACGAUUGCUUCAACAAACCAGAGAUGCGGAGAGUGUGCUCAGAAGCCCGGAAGACAGUUCGGCGUGCGACGGCGGCAGAGGCAGAGACGACGACUCCGAAGCGUCCAGCGUUUGUUCCGAGAGGAGUCUCGAUUCGUACAGAAGACAUGACAGUGUAUCGUGGACCGGAUCCGGAAGGCUGGGGUGGGAGUGUUCUCCCCCACCCCCGCCUCCCCCUGACGACAUCAUAGCACUAUGCGCCUGCACCCAUUGGACGGAGAGGAAAGAUGGCCUCACCCAUUUGGCCAACUACUUAAACAGCGGUCGUCUUCUCAACGAAGACCAGUUGCGACGUCUCACCGAACUGCUGAACAAAAUGUUCGUCGACGCUCACACCAAAGUUUUUUCGUUACUCCUGGACGCUGUCUGCGAACUGUUAUUGGUGCAUUGGCAGCAGUUGAAGGAUUGGUUGUAUCAGCUUAUGUUCAGAUUACUCAUGAAACUAGGCACCGACAUUUUAGGUUCGGUGCAGAGCAAAAUAAUGAAAACAUUGGACGUUAUACACGAGUGUUUCCCUGCUGAAUUGCAACUACACAACAUAUUCAGGUUUCUUGCUGACGGGGCGACUGCACCCACAACUAAAACGAAAGUGGCGGCGCUUAGAUUCUUGGCUGAUUUGGCUCACGACUACUGCACUCCUAACAGCCUAUGCGUCGCGUUACAUGGCGGAGCAUCAGGCGUAGCGGGGCGAGCUCUGGCCAAACUGUCAGUGUUAUGUGCGGAGCCGCGCGCGGCAGACGUGCGGCAGAUGGCGCGGAGAGCGCUCGCCUGCCUGUACGACUGCAACCCGGUGCCGUUUACGGCGCUCAUGAGCGAACUACCCGCUGAAACUCAAGCUUUAGUCAACGGCGUGGUACAACAACACGUGCGUCGCACAUCAAGCACUGGCAGCGAUAGCCCACUGCGUACAGUAAGCAGCACAAGUAACGCGCAAGCGGACGACGUUUAUUCACGUAUAAGGAAAACAACUUCGGAGAUACAUACGUACACCGCGCAACAUUCCAACGCAGAAUGCGGUAACCACAUGUCGAGUAAAGACUCUGGCAUCAGCCAAAUGUCGGACGCUACUCUGUCAAAUAAUAAGGGACUAAAUGGACAUUAUAAUGCUGGCGACGUCUUAGCGCGAGCGGCAUCUGCGGACAGUUCCGAAGAAGCGAGCACCAAGGAAUCUUCACCCGUGCCCGCGGCUUUAAGACUGGAUCAUGGGGAGUACAAUUCUGGCCGUGACAAGAUGAAACCAUACGAGACGGACGAGAAUGGAUUCAUCAUCACCAAAUCCGGUCUUCGCGAACAAGAAGUAUUAGAAGCGUUAUGUAAAUUGGACGUUUCUCAAGCGCCGCCUGAGCAAUGGGAAAGGCUUUUGUUGGCGACACAUGAAAUAUUAAAAUAUGGAGAUUGCAGGAAACCGUGCGAGUAUUUCAAAAAUAUCGUGCGGGUGGCGUUGGCCGCUCUGUCUAUAGAAGAAAAUUCGGGCGAUAAGGAAAACUCGGAGAAUUGCAACGCUCAACAGUCUUCCGGUUGGGGCACAGCCAAUGAACGGGCCGCGGCAGAAGCAGUCAAAGUCCUCAUAUGGCUCUGCAGAAGACCAGAAACAAGACCACAAUGGCUAGACUACUUCGAUCUGAUACUAUUGAAGCUGAUCAACGCAUACGGCGCCUUGAAUAAGGAAGUAAUGAGGGCUGUGGACGCUGGAAUGCCGCAUAUUGCUGCAGCUUUACCGGCACAUCAGGUCCUAGCUUUACUCAAGCCAGUGAUCCGAACACGUGGCUAUCCCACUUCGCUAUGCGCCCUGAAGUUAGCCGCGGAAGUUGCUAAAGCGCGAAGUCACGAACUGACCGACGACACCGUGUCGCAACUCAUGGAGGGAGUAGGACAGUUGGCCGAUCACCAGAAUUCUGCAGUAAGAAAAGCUGCCGUAUUCUGUAUGGUGGCUUUCACAUUCGCAUUGGGAGAGACGCGGAUGCAACCGCAUCUGAAGCAUUUGUCUGUCAGCAAAUACCGAUUAUUACAGGUAUACAUAAGCAAACAGCGUGAAGAACAAGCCAGAGGAGGUGUUUCGUAGCGAAGGCGCGCGCGAUCCACCGCUACUCAAACCGAUUCCUUAACGUAAAUACCACUACGAUCGACUAUCCAGUGUGUACUAAUGUACUACACGUACUAUAUGUGUAAAUUCUACAUUGAAAUCUAGGGAAAUCUUUAUUUAAAAGGGUUAGAAAAUGGUUGGGUUUGUUCUCUACUGUCGAAUGUUACUUUUUUGAUGUUUUUUUUUUCAACUUUUUUCAGGGUUUUAUUUAGUUCCCUGGGGGCCAAUCGCCUGACCAGUUUGCUUUUGAUUUGUAUGUAGUAGUGCAUAUUCAUCUUUAUUAAAAUCCCAAGAACUCGUUUUGAGCAAAUCAGCUUUAAAGUUUUUUCUGCAUUGGAAAAUAAUAAAAAAAUCGAUGUAUAAUUUACAUGUUUAGUGUACGAAAAAUUGCCGCAACUCGCAAUUAGAGUUGGCAUGAAUAUUGAACUAAUGUCGAUGUCAUCUUGUUAUUGUUAUAAAUAUUUCGUAAAUUUUUGUUUAUACGCUCAUAACAUUACUUUUUCAAUGACACGUCUACUAACUCGAGAAACACAAGCAUUAACUGGAAGCAACAACAGUUUUAUCGUAAAUCAAUAUAUCGAUAAUUUCAACACUCUAAUCAGAAUACCGACUAUCGAUACUUGCGUAACACUAAUUGCGAGUCUCAGCCCUAGGUAGUCGGUUGUAACCGCGUUAAGGAACAUUUUCUUCUUUUAAUUGUAACUAAGUCGGUGUAAAUUUGUAACCAAACUAUAUUGUUAGCCACAAUGCUAUUAAAUCUGCUAACACCCGAAACUAUUAGAAGCGUUUUUAAUAGCUCACGACACAAAAGGACUUAUCUCACACCGAUAGUUUUAUUGCAUUCUCGACCCUGUUGCGUUGUAGUUAAAGACUGGUUUCGAUUUUUGUUUGCGACGCGUUUAAUGUUCUAUAUUGUCAUUCGAUUGCACAUGAAUCUAGUCUGCAGUAGAGUAACUACUAUGUAACGCGGUUGACUGAGAAAUCGCUCUUAUUUUAUAUUAAAAUCGGUAUAAAGUCCUAAAUACAGUGUGAUUUAUAGAACAAUAAACUGCGCGUACGCAUUUCUGUGAAUCAAGAAAGACAUUUUGUGUUAAUAAAUUUGCAGUGGAACACGCGCGUCGAAAGAUAUAAGUAAGGAUUAGUAUAAGGUCGAUGAUAAAUUGGGUGGUGUAAUUCUAUGGGUUUGCUCACACAACUGAUGAAAUUUGACAUUGGAAUGUGGUUCUUAAAUAUAUCGCUUUAAAGUGCGUUAUGCUCUAAAUCUAGUGAUGAUUGUCAUAUGUAAACGCGGUGAAGAGAGUUCAUGUCUGUUUCCUUGAUAACAGUACCCCUAGCACGAACGAAUAUCGAAUUCGUAUCGUUUGCGAGUCCGAAAUGUCAUCGUCAAAUGUGUACUGAUUUUUAGUUCUCGUUACGUACUUUGUGCCGCUGCUGUUCAAGUUUCCAUACAAAAUUUGACAUUGACAUUUCGGUUUGCAAUCUGUUCGAAUUCGAUAAUGUUUCGUGCUAGGGGUACAGCUCAUUUUCCUCUUUUAAUACGGGAUCGAUUAUAAGGAUUUAUAAGUCUAAGAUACUUGAAGCCGUUCUCGGAAACUUCAAAUUGAUUUAAUGCUUCAUCAAGUCCCAUGUUGUCUCAUUAUAUUGUUAUCGCAAAAAGGUAAUAGCAUCAACUUUAGUGAAACUUAAAAAAAUAUUGUAAAUAGUUAAAUACCCGUUCAGGCUUCAAAAAAUUCUAUAUUCGAUUUUGUAUUAAUAAGGCAUUGAAAGAAAUUCGGUCUUGGUACAAUAAAGAUUACAUAUCAAAGUUGAACGUUCAAGUUGCGCCAUUAACAUAAUUAAGUUAAUAUUGGUUUAUUGAGCUAUAUUUUUUUUAUAUUGUUUUAAACUUUCAUGGUCACUUACAUUAUCGUAAUAUUAGAUAGAAUAGAUCAUGGCGCUUGCAACAGUGCCGAAAUAUCGGAAAACUCGCUAAAUACAAGGUACAUGGUAGCAGUCCCAUAAAUAACUUAU